GAAAAAAAUUAAUGAAAAAAGCUCUUUUGUUUUUGAAGUUUUAAAUUUCAAAUAAAAAAAUAAAUCUCAAAUCAAUUAAAAUCAUUUAAAAGAACUUGAAUUGAAUUUCGACUCAACAAAAUGGAAAACGAAUUAAAUAGGUUACAAAAUGCGGCAAAUCGCAUUUUAAAUAUAGUGCAAGUUGUUGACGCAUUUGAAAAUGCGACGAGCUCUAAGCGAAGGUGGUGGGUUCAUCCAAUUAAUCAAAACCGUGUUGAUCAAGGUGACUUUGGUAACUUGUUACAAGAAAUUCUUGAGUACGACGAAGAAAAGUUCUUCAAUUAUACAAGAAUGGAAGUUCCCCAAUUUAACUAUCUGCUUAACUUAGUUGAACCUCAUUUGACCAAAUUCAGCAAUAGGUUAGGGCUUCCGGUUGCAUUGCGCUUAUUUGUAACCUUGAGGUUUCUUUCAACAGGGGAUAGUAACAGUUCUUUGGCCUAUGCGUAUCGCAUAGGUAAAUCAACUGUACAAGCUAUAAUUCCGGAAGUGUGUGAAGUUCUGUGGACCGUACUAAAGCCAAUAUAUUUGCCAAUAAAAACAGAAAGUGGUUGGCUGCAAGAUGCACAUGAUUUCCAUCAAACCUGGAAUUUUCCACAUUGUUUGGGUGCAGUGGAUGGAAAGCAUAUUUCCAUUCAAGCACCAAGAAAAAGUGGAUCGCUGUACUUUAACUAUAAGAAACAUUACAGCAUGGUAUUACUGGCAGUUGCAGAUGCCAAUUACAAAUUCACCUACGUGGAUAUUGGGGCGUUUGGUUCACAGAGCGAUUCUGGUAUAUUUACAAAUAGUACUUUUGGAAUGCUUUUGGAAAGGGAUCAAAUGAAUUUUCCAAGUUCUUCUCCUUUACCUGGAGAAACUUUGAAUUUGCCAUAUUUUAUGGUGGGAGACGAAGCUUUUCCACUAAAAAAUUAUUUGAUUACACCAUUCAGUGGAAGGUAUUUGGAAGACAGUAAAUCUUAUUUUAAUAAGAGACUUUCUAGAGCACGCCGCGUAGUAGAAAAUGCGUUUGGCAUAUUAGCUUCUAGAUGGAGGAUAUAUCAACGUACUAUUAUAGCUGUGCCAAAUACUGUUGAAAAAAUUAUAAAGGCCACUGUUGUUUUACAUAACAUGCUAUGUGAAAGCAGCAAGCACAAAUAUAUCCCAAGUGCUUUUGUCGACAGACAGCAUGAAAGGGAUGGCAUUUGGAUUGAUGGAACCUGGAGAGCUAAUGUAGGUUCAUCACAGCUGAACAGAAUUCCUGCAACAUUACGCUUGGGUCCGAGAAACUCCACAGAAACGGCUUUAAAUUAUAGAGAGUAUCUAAAAGAAUGGAUAUAUAAUAACUAAAUAAAUAAAAAAAACCCAUAAACUGUUAUUAUUGAGAUUUAUUUAAAUUCUAUGAAAGGCAAAACAAAAAGUACCUAAAUAUUAAAGGUUUUUAAU